UCAAUUCACUUGCACAUGCAAUUUAAACAGCUUAUUCCUUGUGAUGUUGAAAAUGAUGACACGUCAACCCAGAUAAUUAGACAUCUUAACGCACAUAAAGGUGGACGAGUUACAUUUAUCCCACUUAACAGAGUGAGGGCACCACGCAUUACUUAUCCCCAGAGUUCUGAUGUCAUCCCUCUCUUAAAGAAAUUGAAUUUUAAACAUGACUAUAACCCUGCAUUCAGUCAGGUAUUUGCCCGAACGGUUGUGUGCAAGAAUUUGGAUGUGGCAUCAAGGGUUGCCAGGACUGAUGGUCUUGACUGCAUAACACUGGAUGGUGAUCAAGUUAGCAAGAAAGGUAGUAUGACGGGAGGAUUUUAUGAUCACAGACGAUCAAAAUUGAAGUUUAUGAAUAUCAUUAAGCAAAAUGAAGAUGAAAUUCACUCAAAAGAGGAGGAAUUGAUGAAAGUUAGAUCUGCCCUGCAAGAGAUAGACCAAAAGAUCACUGAACUUGUUUCCGAGCAGCAGAAGAUUGAGGCUGAGUGUGCUCAUGGAAAAUCAGAAUUGGAACAAUUUAAGCAGGACAUUGCAAAUGCUAACAAGCAGAAGCAAUUGAUUUCUAAGGCACUUUCAAAAAAGGUGUUAUUAUAUUUUCUAUAUUAUAUUUCUAUAUUAUACAAGCAGACGGAAGCACGGAAAGCGGAGCUGGAAACUAAUCUAACAACAAACCUGAGGAGAAGAAAGCGAGAGUUGGAAGCUGUAAUAUCAUCUGCUGAUGAUGACACUCUGGGUGUAGAUGCUGGAUUGAAGGCGCAGGAACUUAGCGAUGCUAAAUUGUUAGUUGAUGAUGCAACGGAGCAGCUUAGAAGAGUCUCUGAUAGUAUAAGUGCACGAUCAAAGGAAAUUAAACAGAUCAAAGAAGAAAUCAAUAAGUUGAAGUCUUUGGAGGAUGAAUAUGAAAGAAAACUUCAGGAAGAAACAAAAGAAUUAGAGCAGUCGCUGAGUAAAAAAAAUAUAUAUAUUCUGCUAAAGAAGAGGAAUAUACAAAGAAAAUAAGGGAACUGGGCCCAUUGACAUCAGAUGCAUUUGAGACGAGGAAAAUCAAAGAAUUGCAUAAAGCGUUGCACUGGUGCAAUGAUCAACUGCAGCAGUUCAGUCAUGUAAACAAGAAAGCGCUUGACCAGUAUAUAAAUUUUACAGAACAACGAGAGGAACUUCAGAAAAGGCAAGCUGAACUUGAUGCAGGAGAUG